GAUCGACCAGAGGUAAUGCUGUGCCGAGAUGGCUAUCAGGGAGCUGGUCAUCCAAAACACCCUAGGCUUCAAGCUUCAAUUGGUGUACAACUCCGAGAUGCUACGGCUAUCAUCACCUCCACAAGCAACAUGGAAGCUAGGAUUAGGUUAGCGAUCAAGGAUUUGGGCGAGAUGGAAGACGAGGGGAUGAUGGAAGACGCGCCAAGAAAGACGCAGCUGUGGAGGGUCGGCCACAAUUCGACCAUCUAUUUCAAAAGGACGCCGUCGCCGACGUCGAGCUCUCCAACAGGGAGCUCAGUCCGGAGGCAACGGAUCUCAUUAAGGUUCUUAACGACGUCCAACCGGGAGUGGUGGGACACCACUGACGACGAGAGGGAGGACAGCGAGCACCUCGGUCUGGUGGCAACGGCGGCGGAGGGGGGCGAGAAUCUGGCCGAUGGCCUGCAAAGGUUUGACAAUGCCGCCGAACACAAUGCGGGCACGGUGGGAGAAGACGCCGCGGGAAUUGCCCCCGGAGGCGGAGGAUGGUUCGUCAGAGAUUACGCAAUCGACGUGGCCAAGGAGGCAUUCGAUCAGGGGGACGAGCACGUGGAAGCGGCGGGAGACGAUCUUGAAAACGAUGAGCAGCACGGAUUCUGGCAGCCAACCGAAGUGGUCAAUUCCCUCCGCUUCCUCCUCCUCCUUCACCGCAUCCAUUCGCCACAGCCGCGAUCCGAAGCCCGGAACCGCCGCCGGUGGACGACAUCGGAUGGGAACCCUUUCGAUCGAGAGGAUCGAGCGAUUGCAUAG